AUGGUUGCCCUGGAUCUCAGGCGUCAAAUGUGGCUGAUGCAAGCGAGUGCCACACCGCCCGAUGGGGCUAGCCAGUCUUUGGAACUUGCAUCACCAAACACACCCAAAGAACGGCACCGUACAUCGUCGUCAAAAUGGUACGUCGCUGCAGCCCAAGACCUCAUUGCCAGCAUCAACAAUAUCACCAUCGUAUUGUUGAGAAUGCAAUGCCGUUAUCUCAAGCUAUUCGACUUCGCGCGCACCAUGACAGUCACUGGGAGAAAAUGGCUAACAUUCUGGCUCCUACAGGUCAACAUUCCCAAGACCCGAAACACCUACUGCAAGGGCAAGGAGUGCCGCAAGCACACCCAGCACAAGGUCACCCAGUACAAGGCUGGCAAGGCCUCCCUAUUCGCCCAGGGUAAGCGCCGAUACGACCGCAAGCAGUCCGGUUAUGGUGGUCAGACCAAGCCUGUCUUCCACAAGAAGGCCAAGACUACCAAGAAGGUCGUUCUGCGAUUGGAGUGUGUCAAGUGCAAGACCAAGCUCCAGCUGGCGCUGAAGCGAUGCAAGCACUUCGAGCUUGGUGGUGACAAGAAGACGAAGGGUGCUGCUCUGGUUUUCUAA